GUGGUGGUGGUGGUGGUUGUGGUGGUGGUGUCAAUGGAAGUCACGGCAAAGGAACGUGGAGUGGGCACCGAUUGAUCAUCUUGUCAGCCUUGCAGAGCGCCUCGUUGCGGUGACCGGCGUCGCCCUGAAAGGCACUAGCGAGGAGUCAGCCUCUGCACGAGCGAUGUCCGGUCUCAACUGGAAGCCGUUUGUGUACGGGGGGCUGGCGUCCAUCACCGCCGAGUGUGGCACGUUCCCCAUCGACCUGACGAAGACGCGGCUGCAGGUGCAGGGACAGCUGGCGGGCGACGUGCGCUACCGGGAGGUUCGCUACCGCGGCAUGCUGCACGCCCUGUACCUCAUCGCUCGCGACGAGGGGCCACGCGCACUCUACUCGGGGAUCGCUCCGGCGGUGCUGCGGCAAGCGUCGUACGGCACCAUCAAGAUCGGCACCUACCAGAGCCUCAAGAGGCUGUUUGUGGACAAGCCGGAGGAUGAGACGCUGCCUGUGAACGUGCUGUGUGGGGUCCUCUCCGGCGUCGUCUCCUCCACCAUCGCCAACCCCACCGACGUGCUCAAGAUUCGCAUGCAGGCACAGGGAGGCGUGUUCCAGACGGGGAUGAUUGGGAGCUUCAUCGACAUUUACCAGCAGGAGGGCACACGGGGCCUCUGGAGGACGGCACAGCGAGCGGCGAUCGUGGUGGGCGUGGAGCUGCCGGUGUACGACAUCACCAAGAAGCUCAUCCUGUCGGGCGUCAUGGGUGACACCGUGCUCACCCACUUUGUGUGA